AUGUGGCGUUUGCAUCUGCUUUUGGGUUUUCUCUUGGUGAACUUACUCUGUUGUGUCUCCGGGCCAAGCACUUUUACUAUAAAAAAUCAUGUUGUUGGUCUUGUUGCUUGUCGUCCCCGCCAGAUUCAAGCCUUUACGCUGUUCAAGAACGAGUUUGAUACUCGUGGUUGCAACCAUAGUGACUAUUCUAACGGAGUCUGGUGUGAUAACUCGACGGGUGCAGUCACAAAGCUACAGCUCACGGCCUGUCUCAGUGGAACUCUGCAGCCCAACAGUAGCCUCUUUAGACUGCAUCAGCUCCGUUCCCUUGAUCUCUCUUACAACAAUUUCACCUCCUCUUCACUCCCUUCCGAGUUUGGAAAUCUCAAUAGAUUAGAGGUCUUGUCUCUUCCCUCAAAUGGCUUUCUUGGCCAAAUUCCUUCCUCAUUUGGUAACCUAACCCAACUUUUCUAUUUAGACCUUUCCUAUAACGAGCUCACUGGUAGUUUUCCACUUUUGCGAAAUCUAAGCAAGCUCACUGUUGUAGAGCUUUCUCAAAAUCACUUGUCUGGAACCCUUAGUCCCAACAGUAGCCUGUUUGAGUUGCACCACCUCCGCUACCUAAGUCUCUCUUUCAACAACUUCAGUUCCUCAUUCCCUUCCAGUUUUAGCAAUCUACAUAGACUAGAAAUCUUGUCUCUUUCUUCUAAUGGCUUUUUUGGUCAAGUUCCUCCCACAUUCAGUAACCUAACCAGGUUAACAGAGUUUUACUCUUCCAAUAACCAGCUCACUGGUAGUUUCCCACCUGUACAAAAUCUAACCAAGCUCUCUGCUUUAGUACUUUCUCAUAAUCACUUCACUGGAACUAUUCCUUCUUCUCUCCUCACUAUGCCUUUCUUAUCAUACCUUUCUUUGCGUGGAAGCAAUCUCACCGGUUCUAUUGAAGUUCAUAACUCUUCUACAUCAUCUAAGCUCGAGAACAUGUACCUUGGGCUUAACCAUUUUGAAGGAAAUAUCCUAGAGCCUAUCUCAAAGCUCAUCAACCUCAAGGAGCUUGACCUUUCUUUCCUAAACACAAGCUACGCCAUUGACUUAAACCUCUUCUCUUCUAUGAAAUCUUUGUCGUACCUUGAUGUUUCAGGUAAUAGUAUAUCUCCAGAAAGUUUAAGUUCCAAUUCAUACAUCCCAUUGACCCUUCAGAAGUUGUUCCUAGAGAGUUGCGGCAUUAGCGAGUUCCCAAACGUCUUAAAGACCCUCCAAAACUUGGAGCUUAUAAACAUAUCUGAAAACAGAAUCAAAGGUAAAAUCCCCAAGUGGUUAUGGACCCUUCCUCGUCUGAGCUCAGUGAAUGUUGUAAAUAAUUCUUUCAACGAUUUCGAAGGUUCAGCAGAAGUUUUAUUAAAUACAUCAUUGAGGUUAUUGUUUCUGGAUUCAAACAAUUUUGAAGGAGCACUUCCUAGUCCACCACUCUCUAUCAAAUUCUUCUCUGUGGGUACUAAUGGUUUCACAGGGAAGGUACCUCUUUCAAUAUGCAACCGAAGCUCCCUCGUUGUUCUUGAUCUAUCUCACAACAACUUCACCGAUCCAAUUCCUCAAUGUUAUUGUUGA